AUGAGCGGUUGCGUCAGUCAGCCUUGGCUCGUCCUCGGGAUCCCCUCUUUGCCCUCCUCCUCGUCUUGGUCCACGCCCACGCCCACAUCGAAAGGCUCGGCUUGGCUUUGCCUUCAACCCAAGCCCCUCUCUCCAACUCUCUCUGGCUCGCUCACAAUACGCUUGUCUCCCGACCUCGUCCCUCCUCCUUCUCCUCUCUCUCUCUCUUCUCUCUCUCCCUCUUUCCCUCCGUUCCGUCACGGCCCCUCCAUCACGACGCCGCACGCUUCGCCUCUUCUCUCCACCACCAUCACAUUGAUCACCUUCUUCUAUAUCACCUCAUCACCUCGGUCAAGACUACUGUACUACAUCCCAUUCCACGCCCACCUCAACCGCGCCUCCGCCUCUGCAAAGCCGCGCUCAUUCCAGCCGUCUCCACUCUCCAUUGCUUCUCUCGCUCUCUUUCGGCUUUCGGUACUGGACAUCGAGUCUCUUCUACCCUUCAUUUCCGCUCGGUCCGUUCGUGCUUCAAACGCUUACAACCGUCGCGGCGCCACACUGCCCGCUCGGCUCAACUCGUCGCACCAUCCGUGGUACCACUCGUCGCAUCCACGCGCCUCAAUCAUCCGCGACGCCAACACGACCGAGCCGCCUCCGCGCCACCCCUUGGCGUUGCGCUACACCGUUGCAACCGAGCCCAGCUCAUCUGCCCUCCCUUUCCUUCCCCCUCCUAUCUCAUUGUCCUGCCUUGACCCGCCGGCUACCCUCUCCGGAUCCGAAUCACCUGCACCACCACCACCACCACAACCACCACAACCACCUCGCAAACGCUCGGCCUUCGGCGUCGAAUUAGCAUUGUGCGGCCCCGCCCCGCCCCGUCCCGCCCGACACUCCACCGACGCAUCGGCUUCACUAGAACGGGAUAAGCUUUCGACCGCCUUCAUCUCGCGCACGGCAUCUGCCGGCCAACGCCCACCGCAGCCGAAUCCUCUCGCCUUCCGCCCGUCCCAACCCUCUUCCGCACACGCACCUUCGUCUGCAAGCAAGCAAAACCUCGCACCCAUUUUCAUCCUUCCCCACCACAGGCUCCCAUUGUUGUCGCUGGUGCUUCCUUCCGCGGGCCUUUUCCAAGCGUCACAGCAUUCCGCCGCCAAAGCCACAAGCCUCGGGCCUCCUGCUUCUACUAUCCCCUGCGCUUGGUCCACCCACAACCCGCCCUUCAUGCUCAGUACACCCUCCCUCGCCCCUCUCCGCGUCGGCCCUCCCAUCCCGACCGCACCGUUUCGCGUGGCUGGUAUGAUGAGCACAGAACGUCGUGCCAGCGCACUUGCUCCCUCCCUCAACGCCGCCUCGCCAAGAGCUUCCAACGACGCCGCCGUUCCGCGCGACAUGCAGCGCAACGCUCCCGACGCUUCCUCGUCCGCCAAGUCCCCCAACAGCCCCGAUCGCAAGCGCCCACGAUACGAGCCUGCGCUCAGCCGGCCCGCCCAAGACGACAUGCGCUCGCGCACCAUCGACGACGAAGACGAGAUGGACGAGCUCGACGAGUCCAACGAGGUCAAGCGCGUCCGCGGCGAGUCCGACGACGCCAUCCACGACCGCAAGCCAUCCGGCACAGACAUCGCCAGCAGGCCUUCGUCGGCAGCCGCACACCACGCUCAUUGGACCAACAGAUCCGCCUCGGCCGCAGUAGAAUCGCGCUUCCAGUCCCAACAUCAGCAGCAUCCACAGCCCCGUCAUCGCGACCCGCCCACCGACUCACGCCGCUACGACUACGACCGCCCCAUGCCCUCCAGAUACGACGGUCCGGCCGCAUCCAGGGACGACGCUCGCCAUGCUGGCGGACUUCCGGGCGAACGAUACACCGGCGAGCACGACCGCGACCCACGCGACCGCAUGCCGUUCGAUGCCAAGCAAGAGCAUGGCAGCGCUGCUUUGCGCAUGCCGCCUCCCAACUCGGGCGAGCCCGGUAUGGGCUACCGCAAUCGCGCCGUCUCGCCGCCGCCGAGGCUACCAGGCUUCGCCUCGCUCGAGCCCGACAUGCCCGCACACCGAUCGCGCGACGAGGCGUCGCUCGCAGCGCCCUAUUCGGGCUCGCCCCGCCGCAGCAUGCCCUUCCAUCCGCCCUCGUACGCCAGCUAUCCGCCGCCGCCGCACAGCCGCACGCCGCUCAUGCACCAUCCAAGCCCCACUCCGUCCACAUCCUACGGCAACCCACCCAUGAUCCACCCGUCGCUCGCCGGUCUUCCGGGCGCGGGCGGUGGUCCCGGCGGCAAGCAGCAGCCGAGCUUUGUGAGCAAGCUCUACUCGAUGCUCGAGGAUGCCUCCAUCUCGGACCUCAUCAGCUGGGGCGCCUCGGGCACCGUAUUCAGCGUCGCCAAUCCGGCCGAGUUCUCUAGGCUCGUGCUGCCCAACUGGUUCAAGCAUUCCAACUGGCAGUCGUUUGUGCGCCAGCUCAACAUGUACGGCUUCCACAAGGUCAACCACUCGUACCAGGGCAACCCCACCGACGAGGUCCAAGUGUGGGAGUUCAGGCAUCCCUCCUUCCGCCGUGGCGAGAUCGCGCUGCUCAACGACAUCAAGCGCAAGAGCUCCAGGCAGAAGCGAGCCGGAUCGCCGCGCGGCAGCAUCGGCGGCGCCGAUCUGCGCGCCGACCGCAGCGGCGGCAGCUCGACGCCGUCGCCCGAGGUGCCGCUGGCCACCAUCCCCGGCGGACCGGAUGGCAUGCGCGGCAUGGGUCCUGGUGCGGCAGCGGUAGGCAUGCCCAUGGGGCCAGGUGGCCACCGCGGCGGCCGCGACUUUGCGUAUGGCGACGAGAGGAUGGAUCCGCACUAUGCUGAUCGUCGUCCCGACGUGCGUGGUGGAUACGGCCCCGAGCGCGGCUAUCCUGCUGGGCCUGCGGACGAGUAUGGCUACAUGCGCCCCAAGAUGGACGGUCCUCCUGGCGGCAUGCCCAAUCCAGCCGGGCAUCCUGCGGGCGCAGCUAUGGGUCCCGGCUUUGCUGGCGACUCUGCGCGCCGCGGCGAGCCGUAUGUGGAGCGUGCCGAGGCCAUGGCGCGCUUUGAAGACCUUUCGGAACGUACGGACGCCAUCAUCCGACACGCAUCAUUCCUCGAAUCCCAGAUCCGCAUCCUCUCGGACCAGCUGGCCGACUCGAGAGCGUACACGGUCCAAGUCGUGCGCGACGAGAUGGUCCAGAUGCUCGACCGACUCGAGCGCGCGCUCACCGCUCCCGCACAGCCGGGCACCGAUCCCACCGCAAGGAUGCUCGACGCAGUCCGAGCGCAGCUGGCCUUCUACAUGCGUGGACCCGGUGGGCCUGCCGACCGAGGCGCCAAGCAGGUGCAACCAUCAGCAGCUCCCAAGCGUCCGAGCGUCUGA